GGAGGAUUCAGGCCAGUUUAACACGGACAGUGACCGGGCCAGGCACCGGGGCACCGGGGCAGGGACCGGGCUCUGCUCCGGUGGUUGUUCCGCGGUGCCGCUGCAGAAGCUCGUUAACCGGAUGUGGAAGUAGUUUUUUCUCCGGGUGUAAAAUAGGAAAUUUCUCUGUGACUUCCCCCGGAAAACCAACAAGUUAAUAUCAAACGGUUUCCUGUCGGUGUGAGUGUCCGUGAGUCGGUGCAGCUGCUCCCGGUGUUUACCGGCGGCGGUGGGGACCCUCAUCCCGGUGGGGACGUGGCACAUGGCGGAUUCUUUCUGUCCGUGAAGAUGUCGUUGGUGGACCUCGGCAAGCGUCUGCUGGAGGCGGCUCGUAAAGGUCAGGACGAUGAGGUCAGAAACCUGAUGGCCAACGGAGCGCCGUUUACUACCGACUGGUUAGGGACGUCCCCCCUCCACCUGGCCGCUCAGCACGGUCAUUACUCCACUGCCGACGUCCUGCUCAGAGCCGGCGUCAGCAGGGACGCCCGCACCAAAGUGGACAGGACGCCGUUGCACAUGGCCGCCGCAGAGGGACACACCAUCAUCGUGGAGCUGCUGGUCCGAAGCGGCGCAGACAUCAACGCCAAAGACAUGCUGAAGAUGACGGCGCUGCACUGGGCGGCUCAGCACGGACACCACGGCGUGGCCGAGACGCUCAUCAAGCACGGAGCAGACGUGCACUCGCUCAGCAAGUUUGACAAGACGCCAUUCGACAUCGCUGUCGACAUCCAGAACACCGAGCUGAUGCUGCAGCUGCAGGAAGGCAUGCAGAACCAGGUGAACAUGAACCAGGUGAGUAUGAAUGUGGAGACGAGCUCCACCACCAACCAACCACAGUUCAUCAUCCAGGGAAUACCUGCAUUACAGGGGGGCGUGGUCAACCUGGCAGAGCUGCUCAACAAGGCUAAUGCAGGUAUGACAUCACUCACACACUCUCACUCACUCCCUCUCACACACUCUCUCACACUCGGAUGUGAUGUUAAUGUUUCAGGAGAUUCAGAGGAGGCGAUGGCGGCCAGCGCUCUGGACUCCAACAUCCAACACGCCACUGUUGUCAACGAGGGCGGUCAGAGGGUCAUCACCAUAGUAACGGACCAGCAUGGCAACCUGCAGACAACUGGAGGAAUGUCUCAACCGUUCUUCGUGACCAUGCAGCACGGACAACAGAUGCUGGCGGUCCCAGCCAACGCAGUGACAGAGGAGGUGGUGACGGAGGAGCCGCACCCCCCACCCACCCGGAAGAGGAAGCUGGAGGUAACCAGCAACCACAACGACACAGGAGAGACGGAGUUGUUGCAGAGGCAGCUGGUGGAGGCCAACAGGAAGGCGCAGGAAUACCGACAGCAGCUGAUGUGUAAAGAGCAGGAGGCCGAGGAGUAUCGCAUCAAACUGGAGGCCAUGUCCCAGAGUCAGGCCAACAGCACCAGUGUCAACGCCGGCACCCUGACCGCCGCCAACGCUGCGGCCAGCCCGGAGGAAGUGGUGGGAGGAGAUGAGGACGAAGAGGAAGGAGCUGCCAGCAUGGUGGAGGAGGAGGGCGAGAUGGUUGUGCUGCCGGAUGGAGGCAUCAUCAUGGAGGGGGAGGAGGGUCAGGUGACGCUGGUGGAGGCAGGGGGUGAAACAACGGAGGUCAGCUCCUAACAGAGAAGGUGGGGGGGAGGAGGAGGGAGUGAUGCCAACAAAGAGACGCAUCAUAACAGCAGAGGGUCAGUUUGACUCACAAGUUUGAUUCCCAUUGAACAGAGUGAUGGAGGAGCUGAGUCGGAUGAUUUUAACUGCGCCAUUUUGAAUCCCCAACAGAAGAGACAAAAUGGUUUCUUAAACAGUAGUAUGAGGAAGGUGGACUAAGAAAUCAUUACAUCGAGUUUCAGUCGUGAACCAUUUUGAAAGAUUUGAUAAUGUUCUGGGGUGGAGAAGCAAAAACAAGAACAAUAAACAGAAAACUGGCCGAGGCCAAAAUGAGCACAAUGGUGGAAUUUAGUUGUGCACCAUUUUGAUUCCCCCGAAAAUUGAUUCAACAGGAGUGAUGAACAAAAUGGCUGCUACAAAAAGUUAGACUGAAAACCGAAAAUGACAGUGGAUUUCAGUCAUGCACCACUUUGACCUGUUCUUCAGAGAGGGAGACAAAAUGGCUUCCCCAAAGAACUCCAACAGCAAGAAAAGGAAAGACUGAAAAAAACCUAAAUAAACACGAAGGAACUCAGACCUGCGCCAUUUUGAUUUCUUGAAAGAUUUGAUACUAACACAAGAGGAGAAACAAAAUGGCUUCACCCAGAAGAAGAGGAAAGUGAAAACAAAACAUGAUGUCCAGUUGGAGUCAUGUUCCCACUAACUCUGUUAACCGAAUACUUUUCACUAUAGAGGAUGGAUGCAAAAUGGCUGCAGAUACAAAUUAAGCUGGAAUAAAGAAUCCAAUGAUUGUGUUCAGGAGGAGGUGGGAGCCCAAGUCGGACGUGACGACGACCUGGACACGCCCCCGUUUGUUUGAUUAACGUCACGUCCCAGUCGGACUCAGAGUUACUGCGUGAGGACUAAACCUGGUUUGUGUAAAAUAAUUCUCAGAAAGUUUGUUUUUAACAUUGUUUUGGUCACAGAUGGCUCCUCACGCUGGAGCCAUUUGUGUCCCUUUUUAUUUCUGUCAUAUUCAGUUUUACUGGUGAAACAAACCAUCACAGCUGUUCGUCUGACGCCUUUAACCUGGGACCACGUUGCUCCUUUUUAAAAUCCAGCUACUAUAACUUUUCCAUUGGUUGCACCAUUUUGCUUCCUCAGAAGGAAACAAGGCAACAACAGAAGAUUUUAGUUUGGACUAAACAACUUCCUGUUUUUUUUUCCCUUGUUCUGGUAUUUUUAUACUUUGUCUCUGGACGUUUUCGGAUGUGACUUCCUGUGUAAAAAACGCAACAAACUUGUACGAUUUCCUGUUGCGAUGGCUCAUGUUCUUUUUUCAGUCACUCGUUGACUUUAGUUAGAAAAUAGAAAAAUACCCUGAACUGAAGCAGAUUCUUCAUGAAACCUUCAAUUACUCAUUAAUUGUGAUUUUUUUUUUUCGUCCAGUUCGUUUGCAUCAUCAUGCCGUCGUAAACUCGGUUGCUUUCACGUAGCUGACACAAGCUCGCCUACCGAUCCAAUCAUCGCCAUUAUUAAUUAAUUUGUGUUUUCACGUUAGCAUUUCUCACAGUUGAACGUCUUCAUGAGUUAAAACCUUCAUAGAAAAUCCAAAAGAAAAACUGAAAGUUCAAAUGUUCAUGAGACCUUCAUCGUUAAACUGUGAAAACCAACUCAGGUUCUGUUGAUAAAUUUAUUGAUUAAUUGGCUAAUGAUUGUUUCAGCUGUGUUCGGUUCAAUGCAUCAGUUUUUAAUGACCAACUUUUUCAGUGGAUAAUUGUUCAUUGUAAUCACUUGUGUUUCUGUGACUUUUCAUAAAACAGAGGAAAUCACAUCGACAGGUUUAAUUUCACUCGUCUGUUCUCUGACCCAUUUCCUUCAGUUCACUCAUGAAAAUGAUCCGUUAUCACUGGAAACACAAGUCGUCUUUACUCUUCGUUCAGAGUCGAGACAAACGUCCAGACUGAAACAUCUUUUCUCAAAACGUUGCUGGAAAUAUUCUGAAUUAAUGUGUUUAUCAUCUUAAUUAAUAACUUUUUUAGUCCACAGAGAAUUUAAAAAAUCAUAAUAAAGUCUAAAUUCAGAUGAACCCAAAUAUACAGUUAAUAGUGGAAACUUGAGCUUUUAAUGAAAAAUAUUCAUAUUUUGGAAUAACUAUUAUGACUAUUUAAUGAAAAUUUAUCACAAAAAUAUUUUCUGUGGGUGACUAAAAGGUUAAUCAACUAAACAUAAAAUGUAUUCUUGCCAAAAUGCCCUAAACAGAUAUCAUUUAUUUGUUUUAAACCUAAAAAUAUUCAGUUUACUUUCCAACAAGGCAAAGAGAUCUGGAGCGUUUCGUACUUUCACUUUAAAAUGUCACUAAAAUACUGAUGAGGAAUAGGAAACUCAGUUGUACGUGAGGACGACUUCAUUCGUCGGAACUCUGACACGUGAAUCCACCAGAACAGAAAACAAGCUUCAGAGUGGAUCUGAGGAAAUAUUAAUUAAACGUGACCGUACAUGUAUGAACUAACAAAACCUUCUCUCUGCUGUACGUCGACAAAUUCGAAUUUUCUCUGCUGCAGAAGGAAAUCGGCCUAAAAACACGAGUGUGAACGGACGAGUCAACAUAAAUGUGAAGUGUCUGAAGUCUCGGCUUUGUUUCUGGUCCAGUUUUUGCUGGUCUUGUUCUCCCUGGUUCACUCCCCCCGUAUACAAUCAGUAAUGGAUUCCUCCCUGUCAGCUGAUUCUCAUGUUUGGUGCGUCGAGCUCUUCGUCCUCCCAUCACUGAUUAAUUUGAGUUGUUUUUAUAAGCUCAACCUUUUUCUAUGUACAUAAAAAGUUGUAUUUUUUUAACUGUACCUGAACGAUGAUGGAUGACGGCUGCCUGCCCAGGUUAAAGUACUCAGAAAUAUAAAUACUUGUUUUUUUGAAUAA